AUGCGCCGCGCGCACCUCGCCGCUCUACUGCGGCUUUUAAUCAUCGCAGGCGGCGCCAGUUUUGUAAACCCAUAUACAAACGAAGAGCGUUUCGAUCUUAACCAAGUAUGGCUCGAGAUACCCACCACUCUCGUCGCUCUAGGAGGAGAUGUGCAUGUGUUCGUACGAGGCGUGACUACUGGUGCUUUGCGGGUACGCCUCGCGCGAGAAGACGACGAAGGCAGGACACUCCUUGCUACUAUGCCAUUGGCUCUAGAUGCCGAGAACCGCAUGACUUUGCCAUGUGGUUACUUCUCUAGAGGAGGCGUUUACUACAUAGAAAUUGUAGCGGACAAAGAAAUUUUCAUGGAAUACGAAAACUCAACAAUUAAAGUGAAAAGAGAUAUAACUGAUGGCGGAGUCAUGGAAACUGGAGACAGCAUGGUGAAGUCCUGGAAGUUCGAUGUAAUGUGGCCCACUGCCAACUUAGAUGUUACCCCUGAACAGAUACAAACAUAUCCAGAAAGGCAAGUUACAGCGAUUUUGGAGUUUCCAAAGGUGGUGUGCACUCCAGUGGAGACUACUGCAGAUUAUUGGUUGGAAUUGUUGUAUUGUGGACAUUCUAGUGGGGGUGCCGUUUUGUGUGAUGGGAAAAAUAGCAGUUCACACGCCCAUGUUCUGUAUUCAGAGCAGAUGUACGGGUUCCCAGGACGACGAACUAUGACGCUGCGAUGCGAACUGUUCGGGCAGGCGGGGGAUUACGCAUUGACGUUACGGCCGGCGGCGGCUGCCGGGCCUCAGGACCUGGCUGUUGCCUUUAUAAAGGCGGACUGGUCAGAACAAUUUGUACUGAAUGUGCACGGCGGUUCAGUGUUCCCGUGUGGAGAUGGAGUACGGGUUCUCUUUCAAUAUCCAGAAUGCGUGUUGGAAGGAGCAGACAGAGUACGAGUCUUUGGAAGGGAUUCGGAUAGGUUGCGGUAUGUCGCUGAGAGGCGCGUGCGCAGAGGUCAACACACAGCGUCUUUCGACUGUCGGCUAUUUAGCGAGCGGUAUCCAGAGUACUGCUUUGUAUAUGUAUCCCAAGCUGUGACCGGCGCGGUGGCUGACGUGAGGAUGGAUUGCCUCCCCACUUUGCCUAUAUCAGCAGACGGGGGUGCCGGGGGAUGGGGCGAGUGGUCAGCAUGGUCGGCGUGUCCUGCGCCCGCGCACUGUUCAACGCGCACGCGCAGCCGACAUCGCUUCUGUGACUCCCCUCCACCUGCGUAUGGUGCUAAGUUUUGUGAGGUACUUAUAUUGGUAUUGUUACUAACU